CCCUCGAUGUUACAAAGCCUGAGAGCUUCUCUUUUCCCAUUCGUCUCCUGUCACUUCCUUCCUGGACGCUUUCAGGACGAGUCCGGUUACUUUUCAUCCUGCCAACAGAGCUACUUUCCUGCAGCUGAGUGCUCAGCACAGACAUCUUCUGCUUGCUAUUGGAUUGAGUUUGUGCUUCACUGCUGAUGCACACCGAGCCAAGUGGAGAAAUACAGUGCCCUAGGUUGACAAGUAACAGAUCCACUGUUUUGUACUGUUAUUGUUCUAAUGAGAGGGACAUACAUCAAGGAAUAGGAUCAUCAGCUGAUGCCUCAUGAACGGAUGCCAGGAUCUGUGAACUGAAAAGUAUACAUUGGAAGGUGAAAGAAUUGUUAAAAGGUUAAAAGAAAGGCUGCAAAGGAGAGAGAAGAAGAUAAGAAGAGGGGAAAUACAUAGCUUUGAGGACGAGGGAAAAAAGGAAAACGGGGACUAUGGGGAGAAAAAAGAUUCAGAUCACGAGGAUAAUGGAUGAACGUAACAGACAGGUGACAUUUACAAAGAGAAAGUUUGGUUUAAUGAAGAAAGCUUAUGAACUGAGUGUUUUAUGCGACUGUGAAAUAGCACUAAUCAUCUUCAACAGCACCAACAAACUAUUCCAGUACGCUAGCACUGAUAUGGAUAAAGUUUUGUUGAAAUAUACAGAGUAUAAUGAGCCACAUGAAAGUCGAACAAAUUCAGACAUUGUUGAGACACUGAGAAAGAAAGGACUUAAUGGUUGUGACAGUCCAGAUCCUGACGCAGACGAUUCUGUAGGUCACAGCCCUGAGUUUGAGGACAGAAAGAUUAAUGAAGAUAUUGAUCUUAUGAUCAGCAGGCAAAGAUUAUGUGGUGUUCCACCUCCCAGUUUUGAGAUUCCCGUAUCUAUCCCAGUGACCAAUCAUAACAGUUUGGCAUACAGUAAUCCAGUGGGUUCAUUGGGUAACCACAACCUUUUGCCACUGACCCACUCAUCUUUGCAGAGAAACAGCAUGUCUCCUGGCGUGACACAUCGGCCACCAAGUGCAGGUAACACAGGUGGUCUUAUGGGUGGGGACCUCACUACCGGUGCAGGCACCAGUGCAGGUAAUGGGUAUGGCAAUCACCGUAACUCACCAGGUCUGCUGGUCUCACCUGGUAACAUGAACAAAAAUAUGCAAACCAAAUCACCACCACCAAUGAAUUUGGGCAUGAACAAUCGAAAGCCUGAUCUCCGAGUUCUGAUUCCACCUGGUAGCAAGAAUACAAUGCCUUCUGUGAAUCAAAGGAUAAAUAACUCACAAUCUGCACAGUCACUGGCUACUCCAGUAGUUCCCGUAGCAACCCCCACUAUGCCAGGACAAGGGAUGGGGGGUUACCCAUCAGCCAUUUCAACAACAUAUGGCACUGAAUACUCAUUAAGCAGUGCAGACCUGUCAUCUCUAUCUGGGUUUAACUCUAGUGCCCUUCAUCUUGGUUCUGUAACUGGCUGGCAACAGCAUCACCUGCAUAACAUGCCUCAUUCAGCCCUUGGCCAGUUGGGAGGUUGCACUAGCACUCACUUAUCUCAGAGUACAAAUCUCUCCAUGCCUUCUACUCAAAGCCUCCACAUCAAGUCAGAACCUGUUUCUCCUCCUAGAGACCGUACAACCACACCCUCGGGAUACCCACAUCACACGCGCCACGAGGCGGGGAGAUCUCCUGUUGACAGCCUCAGCAGCUGUAGCAGUUCGUAUGAUGGAAGUGACCGGGAAGAUCAUCGGAACGAUUUCCACUCCCCUAUUGGACUCACCAGACCUUCGCCGGACGAAAGGGAAAGUCCCUCAGUCAAGCGUAUGCGGCUCUCUGAAGGAUGGGCAACAUGAUAGAAUAAUUAUAUAUUAGAUUUUUUUUGCAGUGUGUGUGUGUGCUAUACAUAAUGGGAAAGGGGGGUGGAAGGGAGGGUCGAUAUACAUUAUAUGUGCCGUGUGUGGGGAAGAAAAAAAGGUCAGGUACUCUGUUUUGUAAAAGUACUUUUAAAUUGCCUCAGUGAUCCAGUAUAUGGAAGGAGAAAUGUUGAGAUAACAAGCUUAGCACUUGAGAUGUUCAACAGAAACUUGUACAAAAUAGAUUUUGAAGCUAAUUUCUUUUUCACUGUUGUGCUCCCUUUGCAAAAUGUAUGUUACAAUAGAUAGUGUCAUGUUGCAGGUUCAACGUUAUUUACAUGUAAAUAGACAAAAGUAAACAUUUGCCCGCAGUGGCUGAUCGUUAACUAAGAAAGAAAAGCAGCUGUUAUGCAACAUAUAGAAACAUGUACAGAGUUUUGGACAGACCCAGCAUCCAGUGGGCAUAGAUGCCUAUUGGCUAGGUAAUUGGUAUGUGUAACCUACUCAAACACAUCAGCAUAUACAAAAAGUGUGGAAUGUAUUUAAAUGGAAGUAACAUUUAAGACAGAACCGUACUGAAUGUUGUGUUUGAGAACUUACAUGUUUUAUUAAUUGUUCAGUCCUUGGUAUACAUCAUUUAAUAUAUAGAAAUAUAAAUUAUGUACAUUACAUUUUGCUUAUUUUCAUAUAAAAAAAAAGGUAAAACAAAGUUUGCAAAACAUUUGUGGCUUUUUGUAGGUAUCUUAAGCCAAAAUGUGGUUUUUUUUUGUUUUGUUUUUUUGUUAAAUAGCUUUGCUAAUAUUUUAAACAGUCCUAAAUAAAACCAAGAUAAAUGGGGUCUUUUUUUGUAAAAAAGUAAUUUACUACCCCAAAAAAUGAAGAACUCCACGCUUUUGCUAAUCAAGAUAACUGUUUUCUCUUUGUAGAAGUUUUGUUUUUGAAAUGUGUAUUUCUAAUUAUAUAAAAUAAUAUUGAGAAUCUUUUUAAAAAAAAUCUGUGAAAUUAACAUGCUUGUGUAUAGCAUUCUAAUAUAUAAUAAACAUGAAACUAGCAUUUUUUUUGUUAUCUUAAUAGUGGGGAGGGAACAAUUAUAUUUCUGCAUUUGCACAUUUAGUAACUGUUUUAUUUAACUCUGCAUACAUUUUGCAGAUCCAAAUUCAGCGAUAUCACAAGGAUAACCUGCAAGAUUGAAACUUGUUAUUUAAAAAGGUUCAGUUUUGCAUUAACCCUAAGUUUGCAUUCAGUUGGGUGAGCUGACAUACCUUGUACAUAAAGUUUUUAUCAUUGCUGUCAUCUGUUUGAUGCAAAAUAUCAAUAACCAAUUAAUAUUCUACAAAAGCAUCAUCUUUCUAACAAUAACGUUUGCAUCUUGACGUGUCCAGAAUUUGCAAGUAUAACAGAAUUUGCAAGUGUUGUUAGCAGUUACUUGCCUUAUAACAGGUUCUUUCUAGGAAAUUAUACAAUCUAGAUAUGGAAAUAUAAUUCUAGCAACAUGUCUCAAAAACAUCUUAGAGUAUGCAAUAGAAAUCGAAAUUUGCUAUUUUAGUGGUAUUGUAAAUUAAACUUAUCAUCAUAACCAGGAAACAUUUUGAAUAUUAAGGAAACAUUAGCAGAAUUUAACAUAGUAGAUAUCAUUUUACUGAAGUGUUAAUAUAGAAAUACAAAUGAAUAAAUGACAGGCUGCCCUCAGGUUCCACUCAGCAAACGUAGUGUAAAGCGAGCAUAGCAAUAUGAAAUCUGAUUUAUUAGAUAAAAGCACAAUUUUGUGAAUGGGUCACUUUCUGUAAAAUAUAACUUUUUAUCUUUUUGAGAUGUACCUUGCCAAUUAUUGUUUUUUGGCAAUGAUCAUUUUGGCUUUUAUGGCAAUCCCUUUGUAUUUAAGUAUUUUUUGGGGCAGAGCCCCAAAGGGGGUAUUAACAUUUAGCAUAAACUUGUCCUAUAUAAAACUGAAAAAAAAACAGGCAGCAUACUUAUUUCCAAGACAACAGUAUCAGUGGCAUUUUAAUAUAAAACUAUUAUUUCUACAUAGAAUCCUGAGUUAUAUAUUUUCAUUAUAACUUUGGAGUUAAUUAUUAAAAAAAUACUCCAAAGGAUAUUGACGUAUGUGGAAAUGUGCAGUUUUGUUGUGAUAAAUGAAGAAUAAUUAUAAUUUCCUUAUCACUUUACACCAAGCUGCAAUAAGGAAAAAACACAAUCUUUAUAAAAAUGUCAGUUUUCUAAUAAUUGUAUGUGUUUGUGCCCUUAUCUUGCAUUUUACACCCCUCCUCUAACUUAGCUAUAACAAUACUGGUGUUAUGUUCUUACCAUUGUGUUUUUUUCAGAAACUUAAAUUAUAUGUAUUAUAUUUAUCCAUUUGAUUUUUUUUUAACAAGCCACUUGAAAAUGAAUAAAGGCUGUUGCCUAAAUACGGAGUACUUCAUUUAUUUUUCUCAGUGCCAUCUGCUGUGAUUUCACAUUUUUAUCAGUGUUUCUUUUUCCCCAUCAACUAUGGAUUUAACUAAGGACUCAUGGAAUAUGUGUAUGUUACAGUAUCUUAAAUUGUCUGUUUAAUUAAAGCUUUGUUAAUAUAUUUUAACCAAAGACAUGGAGCAAUCCAAGUUUUGAUAUUUUGAAAAAUAUCAUGCAAUAGUAAACAUGACAAAAAAAUAUAAUAUUCUCAUUUUACUACUUAUACAACAAAAACCAUAAUCCAGAAGAUGGUUUCCAUCAUCUUUUGCUUUUCUAUAAAAAAAAAAAGUACAGCAAAAUCUGUUAAAACUUGGAUUGCACCAACUGGUUUUAUUUAUCAUUGUAGAGUUAUUUUUUAAGUUUAAUUCCAUUUAAUAUUAGUGUUUAAAAUCCAAAGUUUGUAAAAGAGGAAGGUAAUAGUUCAUUACAAAUGAAACAGAGGCUCACAGCGGCAUAAGCUGGACUUUGUCGCCCCUAGGUGACAUGAUGUUAUAUUGCUUAAGUUAAAACACAUCUGUAUAUCUCAAGGGACUUAAUUCAGCUGUCUGUAGUGAUAAAAUAUGGAAAACAUUGAAGAAGUUUCUCCUGCUGGAAACAAGGUAUAAUUUGUAUUUUGCGGACAAAUAAGUAAAAUUUAUGUCUUUCAUAGUGAA